AGCAUUUGUGCAACUCGACUCCAUCUCCCUCCCUCUCUCCCGCUCCUCCUGGCCAAAACUGCCGUGCUCCUCUAGUGCGCUUCAUUCAGAUGGAUAACUUCAGAAACAUGGCUCUGCUGAACACCUCACUUUUACUGUUUGUGCUUCAAAUAUGCGCUCUGGCAUGGCAAGCUGCGGCGCGAGUGAAUUUGAGGAUGGAGGACACUCUAGAGGUUUACAUGGACAGUUCUGCAGAGAUCCACUGCCUGUACAACUUCACCGAGAAGCCCACGAUGGUCAUGGUUCAGUGGUUUGUGCGGGAGCGUGAAGGUCAUCGGGUGAGGAUCUCCUUCAGCGACCUGACCAUGCAGAAGGUGGAUGAGAACACGAGCUACAGCAAUCGUAUCAGUGUGCGAGCAAGCAGCGAUGGAGAAACUCUGACCAUUCAGGACGUUAAGCUGUCUGAUGAAAGAGAGUUUUUCUGUCAGGUCAGUGGACUGGCAAAAGGCAAUGGAGAGGGCAGGACUCUCUUGAAAGUUUUUGAUCCCCCAGAGCCUCCCGUCAUUGAAGGUGUCCUCUCUGGAGUUUCUGUGUCUGGUGACUCUCCAGCCAGGAUUGCAUCUUGUGAGACCAGAGAAGGCUUUCCCAAGCCAAACAUCACAUGGUACCGUGAUCACAUCCCCAUCCACCCUGCUAUUGGCUUGGCGAACGUGGUGACGCUAGUGACAAGGGAAUCCAGCGGUCUAUAUACAGUACAGAGUGAAUUGCAUUAUAAGGUCACCAAGGAAGACAAAGACGCCCACUUUUCCUGUGAAGUCAGCUAUUUUGUCCCAGGAGCUGUCAGGACAUCCGAGUCCAAAGGCAUCAAUAUUACAGUUCACUACCCCACGACCAGUGUGAAGAUAUGGAAAGAAUCGCCCGAGGGCUUGGUCAAAGAGGGGGACACAGUGGAGAUCCGUUGUCAGGGCGAUGGGAACCCCCCAGCACCCAUCAUUUUCAACCGAGAACAAUCAGAUGUGGAGCUGGAUUCCUAUCAGGGGCUGCUGGUUCUGAAAGAAGUGUCUCGUGCAGAUAGUGGUGUGUAUGAAUGUCACUCUCUGGACAAGCGUGUUGUGAACCAUGACGAGGUGGUGGACACCCUACAGCUCACUGUGCAUUAUCUGGACCCAGCUGUGGUGAUGCCCAAAGACUCAGAGGUCAUGCUGAAAGGAGAGGAUCUGACAGCCACCUGCAAUGCCCUGUCGUCUUUAGAGACGACUACUGUGUGGUUUAAGGAUGGGAUUGAGGUCGAAAGAGGACACGUAAUGAAGCUGCAGGACGCCACGUUUGACACAGCUGGACAGUAUGACUGUGAGGUGACUGUUGCGGCUCUUCCAGGCCUGCUGACCAGCGGUUCAGUCCAUAUCAUCGUACAGGGCGCGCCUCAGAUAAAGGAUGCGGAGAGGGAUAUUGAGCUGACAGAGAAAGUCGGGGGUUGGGUGAAUUUGAGCUGUGAGGUGAGAGGUCAGCCUAAACCCACCAUCACCUGGAGCAUCACCGGCAGUCAGUCUCAGAGCUGGCGAGAGGUUGUUAAAAGAGAGACAGAGGAUCAAGUCCAAAGCGUUGUGACGCUUAAAGUCACCACUGACACUGUUGCCAUCUGCAAUUCCACAAAUGACUUAGGAGUAGAAACCAAGACUUACAGCAUCACGAGCAUUCCAUUCUCCCAAACUCCAACCGCCAGAAAAACUUCAGUUGAUAAUAGUGGAGUGAUUAUUGUGGUGAUUAUUGUCAGCAUCCUGUUGCUGGCCAUCCUGGGCAGUGUCUUCUACUUCCUGUACAAAAAGGGCAAGUUACCCUGUGGACGCUCAGGCAAACAAGAAAUCAUUAAUGCCUACAGCGCCAAGGAGAAAACUAACAAAGACAUCGUUGUAGAGAUGAAGGCAAAAAAGACGGAGGAGUCAAUGCUAUUGAAGGGCGUCAAUGGGGAACAGAAACCUCCCAAUGACCAGAACAGCACCCUUAGCUCAUAAGCGGAGACUUGUGGGCGACUAAAGAUGGCGUCUGUACCUCCCUGCUGACCCAACAAUCAAGUCUUAAGAGUUGGAGGACCUCUUGUGGAGCAGCCACCUCUUUUGGAUAAAGUGGACUGUACUUUUGUAUCUGGUGUGUGAGCAGCAGUAUUCAUGCUUGGAUAAACGGGACGUAAACGUUAAAAGAAGAUUGUUCUCUAUUUUCUACUGUUCUCCGUUGUUUUUCUUCAACCAGUUUCAAGGCCAUGAGCUUCAUCCAUUAAACAUAAGCAAAAUGAAUCACUGAGUAAAAAGAUUCGUACACCCUGUCUACAUCUAAUGUGAGCACAAUGUUGAAUCAAAAACCAAUAGAGUGCAGCAGGGAUGACAUUUUUGUAGGCCAAAAUCUGGAAACGAGGUUCCAUUGUUCUGAACUCAAUGGUCUUUUUGAAUGUGUUUUAAGUUAAUUGUCUGAAAUAAGGUAUGUGGUUAAUACAAGCUCAGGAUAUUUUCAUGGUUUAUUCUAUGACUUUUGGAAAUUCAGUAAUCCAAAAGUCAAUGGAAAAACCCUGUCGGUUAUUUUCAAGGAAACCAGGGUGAUGCUUACUUCCGGGUUGGCCUACAAAAAUAUGUCAUCACCUCAAGCUGUUGCAACAGGCAUGAUGUUAAUUAACGCGUUGAUUUAAAUGUGAUCGUUUACGUAAAAAGGGUUUUUACGGUGGAAUUAAUUUUGCUUGUUUCACAAAUGAGGCCCAGUGUCCUUUAGAGACCACAAAACAUGUAUAUAUUAUACAAAUGUUUAGCGAUUGAUCCUACUUGUGACCUUAUUCGUUCCAGUUGUGCUUUUCUAAGCUCUGUUCAGAAAAUAUUUUAGUUUUUCAGUCCUUGCAUAAUGCUAUGGAAGCCCGUUUCCGCCACUAAAUAAAAAGUAAAUGCGAUUGCGACUCUUUAUCUCACAGUUCUGACUUUUUUUCUCAGAAUUGCGAGAAAAAAGUCAGAAUUACAAGAUACAAACCUGCAAUUUCAAGAAAAAGUCAGAAUUGCAAAAUAUAAAUUUGCAAUUGUUGGAGAAAGUCAGAAUUGCAAGAAAAAAGUCAGAACUGUGAAAUACAAGCCUGCAAUUUCAAGAAAAAUUUAGGAAUUUCAGAAAGUCAGAAUUGCAAUUGUAAGUUUAUAUCAUGCAAUUCUGAGAAAGUAAUCAGAACUGUGAGAAAAAAAGUCAGAAUUGCAAGAUACAAACUCACAUUUGUGAGAAAUAAGCUACAAUUGCAAUUCUGACUUAAUUUUUUAAGUCAGAAUUGUAAAAACUUUGCACAAUUUGCAUUUGCGAGAAAUAAGCCAGAAUUGUAAUUCUGACUGAAUUUAUGUCAGAUUUGAAAAAAACUUGCAAACUCGCAUUUGUGAGAAAUAAUCCAGAAUUGCAAGUCUGACUUUUUUCUCUGAAUUGUGAGUUUAUCUCACAAUUAUUAUCUCAACAUUGUGACUUAAACUAGCAAUUUUGAGAAAAAAAAAUCUGAAUUGUGAAAUACAAAGUUGCAUUUGCGAGAAAAACUCAGAAUGGCAGUUGUGAGUUUUUAUAACACAAUUCUGAGAAAAAAAAUCAAAUUGCAAGAAAAGUCAGAAUUGUCGAACUGGCAUUAGCGGGAAAAAAGUCAGAAUUGUGAGAAAAGAAAAGUCAGAAUUGCGAAAUACAAAUUUGCAUUUGUGAGAAAUAAGCCAGAAUUGCAAUUCUUUUCUUAGAAUUGCGAGUUUAUGUCAUGAAAUUCUGAGAAAAAAAGUCAGAAUUAUAACUUUAUAUCUUGGAAUUCUGAUUUUAAAAGAUGUUAAAUCAUGCAUUUCUGACUUUAUAACUCGCAAAUUCCAAGUUUAUAUCACGCAUUACCGAGAAAAAAGUCUGAAUUGCGAGAUACAAACUCAUAUUGCGAAAAAAAAUCUGAAAUGCGAAUUUGCAUCAUGCAAUUCUGAGAAAAAAAGUCAGAUUUGUGAGAUAAAAAGUUUUUUUUUUUUCAGUGGCAGAAACAGGCUUCCAUAUAAUGCUGCAGAAAGCUUACUUUGAUUUGAUUUUAUUUUAUAUGUGCAUAGCGGUUAGUCGUGUCCUGAUUUUCCAGUAAAUUCCAAUGGACCAAAUACUAAAUGUCAGUUCAGUGUCAAAAGCUGUUAAUCAAAAACCCCAUGUAAAGACACUGAGAAUAACAGAUGCUAAGUCUUCAUAAACACACAGCCCUGAUAUUAAGAAACUCAGCCCAACCUGGAUAACCGGAUAAACAUGACCCCGGGAUUCAGUCAAUAAUACUGAGCUGACACUUAAUACUGUGUGUACGGUCCAACUCAAACUACUGCAGAGCUCAUGUACUGUUUGUAAAUAGUUGUAGGGAAAGAAAUUGUAGCUCUUUGUGUUUUGACUGCUGAGGGGAAUUGCAGCUCCCUCUGUUUCUGCCUCAACUGCAGUGCCUGCGGAAAUGCGUCUUCAUUUCACAUCAAUGUUAGUUACACUGAAGCCUUUGUGUUGUCUCGUUUGUUUUGCGCAUGUCUUUGUAUUUGGUGAAGGGAAAGUUAUGUUGUUUUCAUAAAUGCCGUGAAUAAUAAUACUUCUUAUUAAGAGAAGCAGUACGUUUUAGCCUAAAACCUUAUGGCUCCUAUACUUUUUUUUUCCCCACUUUUGUUACUUUUACAGAUUUUGAGACCUGUCAUUCAGUCAUGAAUGUGAUUUGUUCAAAUGUACAGAGUUUUCUUGUUUCAUGUUGAAUGUGGCACACAUGUUAUCUACAUCAAGAAAGCUGAGCUCUAAUAACUUCAGGACUAUUGUUACCACACUAAACCACACUUGGACAAUUCAUAUUUGAUUAUAGCUGUGCUCAUGCAUUCUUUCAGCCUCACGUUAUGCUUAAAUUCCAUCGAAAAAUCGAAAAAAGCAAGCUGAUUUGGUCUAUUUUUGUGUUCAGACUUAUUUUCCUCUACAAGUCAUGUUCACUUCACAGCCUUUGGCGUGUAUUGAAGUAUAACAGAAACACAGGAACCUUUUUUGGAGAUUAAUAGUCUUUCCAUUGUCUAAAUAUUAGUGCGAGCCAUUUGAGACUGUCAGAACACUGUCGAACCACUGCAUACUACACUGGCACCUUUUUCCUGCUUGUCCUCGUGAGUGAAUUAUGUUGUAAUAGCGCAAACUAUCAUUCUCAUUGUAGAUUGUUCGCAAACACAGUUACGCAAUGUUUUAUGUUUGAUUUCACUUAUGGUUGUAAAUUAAGUACUUGUGGUUUGAUGCGUUUGAUGCUUGCAUUUUUUAUAUCAUUUUUGGCCAAAAAAAUAAAGAUAUGUUACAUUCA